UUCCCACAGUCCUACUCCCCCUCUCCGUCCCCUCCUGCCCUCCCCCGUCCCUUCUCUUUAUAAAACGAAAGAGAUGGGGGUCCGGAAUACACCACUUUCCCCUUCACUUUUAGGUGCUUCUUGGAGGUCCCGGGCAAGGCAGAUUCGGGAAGCCUCCUUCCUCAGCCCGCUCAAGUUUUGCCUCAACUGGACCCAAACCAUCGCGACCAAUGGCCGCGGUGACUUCAGCAGCGCUUUUGCUACUCCUGUUCUUCACCAAUGCUAAAGCAUUUGAAAUAGAGGAUAUUGUGCCAGGUCACAAAGUUGUUGCACAAAUUGGAGACCAGCUUAUCCUAACUUGUCGUACAACUGGUUGUGAAUCCCCGUACUUCUCCUGGAGAACCCAGUUAGACCAUCCAUUAGGCGGGAAACUGCACAAUCAAGGAAACAGUUCGGUUUUAAUUAUACAGUCUGUUGAAUUUAAACAUGAGCAUCAAUAUGUCUGCACUGCUGGUUGCAAGUCGGGUGAACCAUCCAAAGAGAGAGCAGUCAUGGUUGACAUUUACUCGUUCCCCAGUAAUCCUGUUAUCGAGUUCAAAAGCCCUUUCAUUCUUGGAGAACCAGCUUCUGUUACCUGUAGUGUUCCCAGUGUCUAUCCUUCUGAGCAGCUGAAGAUCACUUUGCUAAGAGGACAAUUAACUACUGAAAAAGAGUUUUUUCAAGACCUUCAUACACAAUCAUUACAGACAAAGAACUUGAAGAUUGAUUUUAUUCCUACUGAGGAAGAUUUUGGGAAAGAGAUCAUAUGCAUAGCUGAGCUACCAAUAGAGGAAAUGGCUUUGAAGCCAAAGCAGAGGCAGGCUACACACACGAUGGAAAUAAGUUAUGGCCCACAGAAUACUCAUACCAUGGCAUUUCCAGGCAACACCAUAGUAGAAGGGGAAGCACUAACACUUAUCUGCCUGACUGAAAGUCAUCCGCAGGCUAGUUUUGCCUGGAAGAAGCAGCUUGCUGAUGGAAUUACCCAGAAUAUUACAAAAAAGCACAAUCUCUCCAUCCCAAAUCCUCAGGUCUCUGACUCUGGAAUCUAUAUCUGUGAAGUCACCAAUGAAGUUACCAGUAAAGUGGAUAGAAAAUCUCUGUACAUUUCUAUACAAGCUUCAGUCUUUUCACCAACUGUGCCAACAUUAACUACUCCAUCUGAAACAACGACAUCCUUUACAUCAGAUACCCCAUCAAAAACUACUACAUCAUUUACAUCUCAUGCAACAUUGAAAACAAUGAUGUCCGUUACAUCAAAAAUAGCAGCACUGAAACCAAUUACAUCUUUUACAUCACAUACAGCACCAAAAAUGAUCACCUCUGUGACAUCACAUGCAGCACCAAAAAUGAUCACCUCUGUGACAUCACAUGGAGCACCGAAAAUGAUCACCUCUGUGACACCACAUGCAGCACCGAAAAUGAUCACCUCUGUGACAUCACAUGCAGCACCGACUCUGACAUCACAUGCAGCACCGAAAAAUAAUACAGUUGUGUAUCUGGUGGAUGUUUCUGAUGCUUACGGAAAUAAUACAGAACAGAUCAUAAUAAUUGCUAGAGUUGAAGAGCUGGAUUACAUGACUCCUAUAAUCAUCGUACUUUCUUGUUUAGCAACAGCAGCAGGUCCCAUGGCUGCCAUAUUUAUUUACAUUUUUAGAAAGAUGAAGAUAAAUGGAUCCUACAGCCUUGCAAACUCAUUGAAACCAAUCAUAUAACUCCACUAACUAGAAGUAACUACACAUUUUUGCAAAUUUACCAACUGGAUAAUACUGGACCCUGCUCAGAAUCUUUGGUGGUCUUUCUCAUCACAACUCAAUGUGGGAGGUAUUGAGUUAAUGUGCUUUGGAAAGGAUGCAAACCAAAAUUAAGCCUUUUCAUGAAAACUAGUAUCUUGGAUUCAGAUUUUGUCUCCACUCAGCCAUAAAAUUUGCUUUGUGACCUUGGGCUAAUGUGUAGAGAUGUCUCUAAACUAUGCUUUUAUUUUACAAUAUCAACUUUCACAUGCAGUACAAGCCAAAUGAAACCUUUCUUUUGGUAGUGCUGGACUAACUUUCAGGCUUAUCUAUCUACCUAACAACUUAGUUAGUUGAGAGAAUAAAAUGAAGUGCAACUUGGUGGGCUAUCCAGAGAUCCUUAUAAGUAGAAGCAAGUCAUAUAAUAUGAACAGCUUAGCUGUGUGACUAUAAAAAGAAGCAAUACUUGCUAGCAGCAGGAAAGCUGUUUCUUUGUUUGCAAAAUGCCUAUACAGGUCCACGAAAAGUCUUUGUGCCACUCUUGGAUCAGUUCACUACCUCUGUGAUCUCCCACCACCUUUUUACUUCAACAACUUGCUUUGUUGAACUGCUUUGUUUCCAUGCAAAGUGACAUACUGCUUGGAUAUUUAACUUUAUUUUCUUUAUUGUUCUUGUAUUGUGGUGUGCGGACCUGGUUGCUGCAGGCAGCUCCCAACAAAGCAGUGAACUUUGCUCUUUGUUCUAGAAGAUGGAUCAUUUUCAAACUGUUUUUGACGGACUGGACAGUAGAAAUGUUGAUGAUGUAAAUAUGCAGUAGAAAAUAUUAAGUCUUCCUUGUAUAUAAUGUAUAAUAUUCUGAACUUAUGUGUUACACAGAGGUGGAAUACAGUUGAGUAAAUCCACAAUAGUUGUAUGCAUUUUGUAUAUAUGUGUUUUAGCCUGCAAGUAGCAGGUGCCAAAUUAUUCACUGCUACCUGUGAAUAAUUAUAUGAUAUUCUGAAGGUUUUCUUUUCAGAAUGGGCUUAAUCCAGGUGAAGCUAAGCAUUUUAAAGACCUACUGAUCUCAACAAGAGGGAGUUUUAAGAAUGUAUUUCAUUCUUCUGUUGAGAUUGGUUGAAAAUUAAAAACUGCUUAACUUUGAUGGAGAGGCUUCUUGCUGUAUAAAUAGAUGCUCACCGCAUCAUGUUUGCAACACUACAAAUACUGGGGAGGAUAGAGUACAUAUAGAGUUUAAAAGUUCUACAUGAUAGUGUAAAAUUCUCUGAGAAAUAUUAGGAAACUUGACAGAAGACAAUGGUUCCCAGGAACUUUUAGGAAAGGGAAGUAACAGUAAUUAAGCUGUAUAACACUGACAGAUGUUCAUAGUAUAGAAAUGUCUCAUUACUUUGUUCUAUAUGUCUAAAUAAAAUGGGUACAGUCUUACGCACAUUUAGAGUAGAGUAUGAGUCUCACUGUAGAGUUAGAACUCUACUUUGAUGGAUACAGUCAGCUAUAUUAUAGAAUAAUUUGUACACUGUAAACAGAAUUGUAAUUUACUUUCUAUUGCAAGGUUAUAACCUUCUUUUUUUAAAAAAAUGUCAUGAGCCUCCCACCACUAGGUUCAUGUUUUUGGUACUUUCACAGCUUGUACAGUAUUAUUUAAAUUUGCUUGCAGCAAUGGAAUGUUCUGUGAAACUGAAUGUUUAUGUUUACAUCUGUGAUUUUUUUUUUUUUUUGGCUAGACAGUAAAAUAGCCAAAAUGCUGUAGUUAAUCAAUGUAUGGUUGAAUUGUAAAUAAAAGUACUUUUCUGUA